AUGAAGUCCUGCGACGAAGCCCCUCCUCCCCCGCCCCCUCCUGUGGUGGAGGAGUUCGACUACAUCAUCGUCGGCGCAGGACCUGCCGAGGUCGAGGACGCAACGGUGCUGCUUUUGGAGACUGGCGGAGAGCCGACGGAGGAGGAGGACCUGAAGCGAUUGAUCCCGCGCUUCCAGCUGAACGAGGCCCUCAUGAACCCGACCUUCUCGCGCGCCGCUUUCACCGAAUCCUCCGCGUCCGCCAUCAACCGACGCUUCCAUGUCUACGAGGGGCGCAGCUUUGGCGGUGGAAGCAACAUCUUCGGAGCGCUCCACCAUCGCCCGAGCCUGAGCGACAUCGACGCGUGGCAGUGGCCCGGCCUGAACAUGACCGAGGCCCUCUACUACUUCAAGAAGUCCGAGAACCAUCCCCUCGCCGGAGACAGCCCCUUCCACGGAGGCCCCAUCCCGAUCCACAUCGACAACGACGAGGAUGUGCACUACGGGCAGGACCUCCUGAUCCAGGCCGCAGCCAACCUGGGCUUCCCCACGCCCGAGGACAUGGAGAACGGCUACAACACGAUCGGAGUUGGAACUGUGAAUCGGGCAAUGGCCAAUGGCAGGCGUCUUAGCUCCUACGACAUAUGGCUGCCGGAGGAGCUGAGGCUCGCGAGAAGUAACCUGGAGCUCCGAAGCGGCGCCCAAGUGCUGCGGGUGCUGAUCGACCAUGAUGCUACGGCCUACGGCGUCGAGUACCUCAAGGACACCACCCGUGUCAAGGUUCGGGCCAGCCGAGAGGUGAUCCUGAGCGCGGGCGUGGCAAGGUCGCCCCAAAUCCUGAUGCUCUCGGGCGUCGGCCCUGCUGAGCACCUGGAAUCCCACGGCAUCGACGUCAAGGUCGACCUGCCCGGCGUGGGCCAGAACUACGUCGAGCGUCCGCGCUCCAUUGUCGCCUUCGCCAGCACUCAGACCGACCCGGCCAUGACUGCGGCCGUCUCUUCGGGCGAGGUGUUCUACCAGUGGCAGAUGACGGGAAAGGGACCGCUCACCAAGGGGUCAUCGGGAGCCAAGGGCACCCUCAGCUUCCCCGGAGUAAUUCCCGGCUCCAACUUUGACUUCCAUUUUGAAUUCGCCAGCGUGCUCCCCACGAAGGAGGAGAUUGCCCUUCCGCCAAACUCCUUCAUCUUCGUCUGCUUCCCCUCGUACCCUAGCAGCCGAGGAGAGGAGCCCAGGAGGAGCCCCAACUUCUUCGGCGAUGCUUACUCGAUGGAUUUGCAAAACAUCAUGGCCUGCAUCCACACCGUCCGCCAGCUCACCGCCACCCCUCCCCUCUCCUCCGUCACUGUGCAGGAGCUGCUGCCGCGCACGGCAGACGAUACCGAGCUGGCGGGCUACAUCCUCUCCGCCUCGGCGCCCACCUACCACGCGGCCUCCUCCUGCAAGUACGGCCCCGACGACGACCCCUCCGCCGUGGUGGACGAGAGGUUCAGGGUGAGGGGAGUGAACCAGCUGCGCGUGGUGGAUGCGUCGGUGAUGCCCGGCCUGCACCCCAACAACCCCACGGCCACCAUCUACAUGCUCGCUGAGCGGGCUGCCGACGUCAUCAAGGAUGACAACUGGAUCUAG